AUGGGCAAACGUGUAACGCUGUUCGAUCCCCCGGCGCAGGACCACUCCAAGUCUCUUAUCGAGAAUGUCCUCGACCUGACGCCAGUAGUGGACCUCGGCCCAGAUGUGUUCACUAAUACCCGCCCGCUUUGGCAUCCCCGGGGAGCCCGUGGCAUCUACGGCGGUGCCGCGAUCGCCCAGUCCCUCGCCGCAGCCAUGCUGACCGUGCCCGCCGACUAUGCCGUCCACAGCAUGCACUGCUACUUCGUGCUCGCCGGUGACUCCGAAAUUCCGAUUCUGUACCACGUCGAGCGUGUACGCGAUGGAAAAAGCUUUAUAACCCGAACCGUGCAGGCGCGACAGCGGGGCCGGCCGAUCUUCACCACCACGCUGAGUUUCAGCCGGGUCGGCAGUGGCGGCGAGAAGACGGUCCACCACGCCGUGCCGAAGCCAGAGGUCAAGUUCCCCGAAGAUCCUGCACCGGGCAGUCUGAAGGCUCUUAGCAAUGCGGGUGGCGGGGGUGGCGGUCCGUUUGAAUCAAGGAAGGCGGGGAUUUUGAACCGCAGCUCUUCCAAUCAAGAAGACAAAAAGAUCCGGCGGUAUAUUCGCGCUCGCGGUGCAAUCUCCGAACAGGGUGGGUAUCAGGCACAUCUAUCGGCUCUGGCCUAUAUCACCGAUAGUUACUUCAUCGGUACCAUCUCCCUUGUUCACGAUAUUCCGCGAUUCUCUUCCCCGGGUGAACUUGAGAAACUGCUCAAGGCUCUCAAGAACCCAUCCGAUCUCGACGAUGAGGAUAUUCAUUCGGCUCUGAAGGAGUUGAAGGAGGAAGAGGCUGCGGAGCUGCGUCGUCGUGUCGAAGGAGCCCUGAGCAAGUAUGCCAAGGCCGGUGAUGAUGACCACAAGGAGAUUGGCAUGAUGGUCAGCCUGGACCACUCCAUCUACUUCCACAACCCGUGGGCCUUCCGUGCCGAUGAGUGGAUGCUGACGGAGAUGGAGAGCCCGUGGGCUGGCGAAGGACGAGGUUUGGCAAUUCAGAAGAUUUGGUCCAGCGAUGGACUGCUCAUUGCUACUUGCACGCAAGAGGGUGUCGUGCGGUUAAAGCAGGAUAAGCCACCAUUGUCGAAGAUCUAG